AUGAAUAAGGUAAAUGAGAGCAUCCCAUGGGAGUUCAUCCUGUUAGGUUUCUCAGAUCGACCAUGGCUGGAGCUUCCGCUCUUUGUGGUGUUCCUGAUUUCCUAUAUCUUGACUAUGUUUGGCAACUUGGCGAUCAUUCUUGUGGCACAUCUGGACCCCAAACUCCAUACUCCCAUGUACUUCUUUCUUACCAAUCUGUCUCUCGUGGACCUUUGCUACACGACGAGUAUAGUUCCACAAAUGCUGGUGAACAUAUGCAGCACCAGGAAGGUAAUUAGUUAUGGUGGCUGUGUGGCCCAACUUCUCAUUUCUUUGGCUUUGGGUUGUACUGAAUGUCUUCUCCUGGCCGUCAUGUCCUUUGAUAGGUUUGUGGCUAUUUGUCAGCCUCUCCAUUACUCAGUCCUCAUGAACCAAAGGCUCUGCCUCCAGUUGGCAGCUGCAUCUUGGAUUAGUGGCUUUAGCAACUCAGUAUUGCAGUCCUCCUUGGCACUUCAGAUACCACUGUGUGGCCACAUAGAAGUGGAUCAUUUCUUCUGUGAAGUCCCUGCUUUGCUAAAGUUGUCCUGUGUUGACAUAACAGCAUAUGAGGCUGAACUCUUU